CCUGGAGUUCAAUCGUUUCUGUGCACGAAGUGCGAAUCGCGUUUGGAUAAGAUGUAUACGUUUCGCUGGCGAUGCAACAAAAACAUUGCAUUGACCAAUAAGCUAAACACAUCGAAGAACGAGGCAGGCAUUGGCAAAGACCAUCUUGGAAACUCUGCUGAGCAAACGGUUGGCACAGAAUUCUUAAUCGAAACUGAAGUCAGCACACCGGAUUCAGCGAACGAUUUGCACUUGAGCUGUGCAGCUCAUCAAGUGAAAAUGUCAGCGGACCAUACAUCAAGAAACGCCGCCUGGAAGAAGAUCGACCGAUUGAAGAAGUUGCCAAAGGUGCCUUUCGACCUAAGCUCCGAAUCAGACGAGGACGACGACAUCCUUCCUUCCGUUUCCGAUAUACCUCCCGUCUCCGAUAUACCUUCCGUCUCCGAUAUAGCUUCCGUCUCCGAUAUACCUUCC